AUGUUGUCAAUGUCACCUUCGAAACGCCGGGACACCGAUAUGAUGAAGCUAAUGAUGAGCGACUUCGAGGUGCACAUUCCGGACGAGUCUAGCAUGCACGACUUCUUGGUGGCCUUCCCAGGCCCUGAGGACACCCCAUACCAGGGGGGGGUCUGGAAGGUACACGUUACGCUGCCCAAGGAAUACCCUUUCAAGUCGCCCUCGAUCGGAUUCGAGAACCGCAUGUUCCACCCCAACGUUGAUGAGAUGUCCGGCUCCGUGUGCCUGGACGUCAUCAACCAGACCUGGAGCCCAAUGUUCGACCUGGUGAACAUCUUCAAGCUGUUCAUCCCGCAGCUACUGAGCUACCCGAACCCCACGGACCCGUUGAACGGGGAAGCGGCGGCGCUCUUGAUGCGCGACCCCAAGGCCUACGACAACCGCAUCCGCGAGUGCGUUCGCCUCCACGCGUCCGACCCCGUACACCUCGACGGAACCCCCGUUGUCGUCGCACCCCCCACCCCCCCCCCCUCUGCCGCCGCCGCCGCCGCGAGCGGCGGCGGCGCGGCGGCGGCGGCGGCGGCGGCCAGCCCGAGCACUAGCGUCGGCACCAGCGCCAGCAGCGAUGUGUCGGACAUGUCUUCGUCGGACGAGAAGCCGCCGCCUGCUUCCGACAACGCGAACGGGGACAGCAGCAACGCUGUCGUCCUCGGCAAGGAAGACGAAGCGACGAUGGGCGAGGCCGGCGGCAACGGGGAGGCGACCAAGCGACGAGAUUCGGCGCCCGGCGGCGGCGGCAACAACAACGGCGGCGCGAACAGCAGCAGGAGUUCGAGCGGCUCGGACUUCAUGAUGGAGAUGGAGAUGGACGAAACCUCGAGCGACGUCAGCGCGCUCAGCGAUAUCGGAGCAUGAUCCGCGGCGCGCCCCAUCUUUUGCCUUUUUGCAAGGGCUGUGGAAGAGAGGAAACAACGAUAGCACCACCACCACCACCACCAGCAAUAACAACAACGCCUGUUUUUCGCCAGACGCUUGUGGAACGUUCCGGUUUCUUUUGCUGUGUCUUCUACCCCGCAAAAGCGACUGCUGUGGUUGUUGUUGUGCAUGUGUUCCACCUCUCUCAAGAGAUACCACAAAGAAGGAUGGGCGGGCCGAAGCACCGACGAUUUGCCUUUUUUAGUCGGUCGAACCGCCUGGCUUCGUUUAUGGGUGUGGCCAGUUGAGCACGUGUUCUUUUGUACAUAACGUUUUUUUGUAUCCCUUCUUUUUUCAGCGGUAUGCCCCCAUGUAUGGGUUAAGGUUUGGUUUUGGUUUUGGUUGGUUCGGGGCAAGAGCCUCGUGUUGGUCCACGGUUUGGCGCAGGCUUUUGGUUACGCGUUUGUCCUGGAGGUUUGGGGGGUGGGGGGGGGGGGGGUCAAUAUAUGUUCCCGGAGAGUAUCGUCACGAGUAUGUUAGGCUUCAAGAGGAAAAAGAAGACAUGGCACUAGCAAUCAAUUCUUCGGGGACCCCUUCUUGGAUUUUAUGUAGGAACCCGCUCUCAGCGGGCGGGUUUCGUGGCUUGGCUUGGCGUUUUACGAACGGGGGUCGGUCCUCUUCCAGCUUGCGAGGUCUCUCAACGACCAGCCGUUACGUCGUGCAUAUUACUAGGUGUCUCCCGGUGCACGCUGGGUGCUUACCAAGCAGGCGGGCGAGCGAGCGCUCAACACGGGACGGGGGCGGGGGGGGGGGAGGGGGGGGGAUACAGGGGAUGAUGCUUGGGGGAGAGAUUGAGGGUUGUUGGGGCUGGCUGUUCCGUCUCUUUGAAAGGUGGGCGCGACAGCCCUCUUGCCCUCCUUGGUUGUUGUAUACUUGGUAUGUAUCUGCUGGCCCCGCGCGUGGUUUGCACGGUUAUCCGGCUUGACAACCGCGCGACCUCGUGCGUGUAUAUAAACAAAUGCUUUCGCCAUAUCCGCGGGUUGAGGCUGCGGUUGGUUGUGUCGAGGUUGCCUUUUAUUUCUUGUUUCUGGUUGUGGGGGGGGUGCGGGAUUUUUCUUUUGGUUUUCCACUAUACCCUCAGAACGCGCCGCCGUCUCUAAAUAUCGUUGGUGUGGUGUGCGCAGUUUUUGGGUUUGUUGUUCCUAGAUACCUCCUUUGUUUUGUUCUCGCCUAUCGGGGCGACAUAGUUGUUCUGGAUCCCCGCAGUUGCGCGUCACAUGUACAAUAAGACGCUAUUAUCUGUUGGGGGGGAGCGGCGGCAUCUGCUUGUUGUUCCCCCUCUUCUGUAUGCUCUGUUCUGUUCUGUUUUACCCAUGGCGUGCCACACGAACGUCCUAUCUAUGCAUAGGUAGGUGUGAAACGGAACGUAGAGAAGAGAACAUAACAGAGGUAGAAAAAGACAGGUGUUUGGACGGGACAUAUCGGGGGCUGCUGGGCCGUAUCGUAUUGAUGUGUAGGUAGUCCUUUCGUCUUUCUUUUCCGAGGGGGGGUUAUGGUAGUUGUGGGUCUACUACAACAGUAGGUCUGAAGUGGUCGUAUUAUUUUGCCGUGAGAUUCUCUCUGCUAUUUUUCCGUGUGGGUGGGAGUGUGUGAUGUACGUAAGGUCUAUCUGAUUACGUAGUACGAAAAAACCAAUAACGACCCAGGAUGGACGGCCGUCUGCUUUUGUUUGUGGAAGAUCAACGAUUCACACACGACGCU